ACCUCCCUUUCCUCCUGCCCACACCCUUCUGAAACACACAUGCAGUGUCAGACGCAGCUCUGGACUCGCUGAUAGAGGGACAUAGACACUGGCACGUGCAGCUUCUGGAACCAGCACACCCUGCUCUAAGCUCUCCUUCUCCACUUACAGCCAUCAUGUCUGACAAACCCAACAUGAGGGAAAUCUCCAGCUUUGAUAAGACUAAGCUGAAGAAGACGGAGACCAGAGUGAAGAACCCAUUGCCAACCAAAGAAACAAUCGAUGAAGAGAGGAAGCGAGAGCAAUCUCAUUGACCAGAGGAAGAGAAGAGUUUCAGACAAGCUACUUUCAUUUGAUUAUCAAGCCCGUCUGCCGGGAACCUCCACUAUGACAAGACCUAGACUAUCACACUGGUGCUCAACCUGUUAAAUUCUAGCAGGGGUAUUAGGAUUGGCUG